CCGCCACUGACGUAUUGCAAUCCGUAGUACUGCGUUGCACGAUGACGCCUUUGAAAGCAACUUGUCCAGCCGUCUUGGCUUGUGUGUUACCCGCAGCAAGAACAUUAUGUCAAGGAAGCAAUACACUUUUACAUGUAUUUAGAUGUCAACAAGGUAAACACAAUUUACAUAUCGGUUACCCAGCCAGUGUGCGCAGAAGACGCGAGCAAGUUCCAACAAGGACUUUCCUGCAGCAUUUCAGCACCGUAAGAAGUUGUAACAGUAGUGCUAGUAGCGUAAGCCCUAGUAGUCCAUCCGGCGACGAAUUCGACGAAGCCGUGUGCAGCAGCAUCCCAACACCUACAAUGGCUGACGGGAAGGGCUUCCAGCUCGUUAUCGCGGCCACACCAAGCCUAGGCAUCGGCAAGAAUGGCGGGCUUCCCGGUUGGAAGCUGCCAGGCGACAUGGCUUACUUCAAGGAGCUCACCUCCCGCACAAGGGAUUCAUCCCGCCAAAACGCUGUCAUCAUGGGCCGCAAGACCUGGGAAUCCAUUCCCGACAAGUUCCGUCCCCUCAAAGGCCGUCUAAACAUCGUCCUCUCUCGCGCUUUUGCCGACAACAAUUCCUCCAGCGACCUACCUCACGAUGAUGCCGAAAACAGCAGCGCCGCGGCAAACGCGCUCCGCAGCCCCCAAAAGCCCGACUCCUCCUCCAAGAAGACCGACGCUUACGAACUAGCAAAACAGCACGGCGCCUCCCUAACCUCCUCCUCCUCCUCCUCUUCAACCACCUCCUCCUCAACCUCCUCCUCUUCUGAGGUUCUCGGUUGCGGCAGCCUGAACAGCGCGCUGGAGCUGCUCCGGUCCGAGCGGCUGCAGCGGCAGGUGGAGGGCGUGUUUAUCAUCGGCGGGGGUCAGGUGUAUUCGGAGGCGCUCAGCCACCCCGACUGCGCUGUCGUACACCUAACACAGGUGGAGCAGGAGUACGACUGCGACACGCACCUGCCGCCCCUCGACCCCGCACUGUUCGGGGUGUGGUCCGCCAGCGACCCCAUCGUGGAGAACGGCACCAGGUACUCGUUUGUGUGCUACACCCGCCGCUCGCUGCAGUGCACCCCGGAGCUGCUGCCGCCCUCGAUGGCCUCGAGGCAUGACGAGAUGCAGUACCUAGACCUGGUCCGCGAGCUCAUCACCAGCGGCACCUUCCGCCCCGACCGCACCGGCACAGGCACCUACUCGCGCUUCGGCCGCAUGGCGCGUUACAACCUGCGGCACAACUUCCCGCUGCUCACAUCCAAACGGGUGUUCUGGAAGGGUGUCGCUGAGGAGCUGUUGUGGUUUGUGCGCGGGAGCACCAAUGCGCAGCUGCUGCAAGACAAGGGGGUUCACAUCUGGGACGGAAACAGCAGCCGGGAGUUCCUGGAUGGCAGGGGGCUGCAGCACAGGAGGUGGGCGACCUGGGUCCGGUGUACGGCUUCCAAUGGCGCCACUUCGGCGCCCCCUACACCGACAUGCAUGCAGACUACACGGGGCAGGGGGUGGACCAGCUGCGCAGCAUCAUUGAGCAGAUCCGGAGGGACCCCAACGACCGGCGCAUGGUGCUCACGGCGUGGAACCCGGCGGCGCUUCAUGAGAUGGCUCUGCCGCCCUGCCACAUGUUUUGCCAGUUUUACGUUGCGGACGGCGAGCUGAGCUGCCUGAUGUACCAGCGCAGUUGCGACGUGGGCCUCGGGGUGCCCUUCAACAUCGCCUCGUACGCGCUGCUGACCCGCAUGGUGGCGCAGGUGACGGGUCUGCGCCCCGGCGAGUUGGUUCACGCGAUGGGCGACACGCACGUGUACGCCAACCACGUGGAGCCGCUGCGGGAGCAGCUGAACAACACGCCGCGACACUUCCCGGUCCUGCGCAUCAACCCCGCCAAGACGGACAUUGACUCGUUCGAGUUCUCCGACUUUGAGCUGGUGGGCUACAACCCGCACAAGACCAUCAAGAUGCAGAUGGCGGUGUAACUAACAUGGGGGGUGGACAUGUUACCAGGGGGAGAGGUGGAGGCAGGGCGGUGCUGUACAUGGAGGUGUAAAGGGAGGGUGUAAAACUGUAUGACGGGGCGUUGGAGGCAGGGCGGGUGAGGAAAGCGGGCAAGAGGGGGGGGGUAGAUGGCGAUGUGGGAAUGGGGGCGGUGUAGGGGGAGGAAGGUAUUGUAUCUAAGCCCUGGUGUCUGGGGGCAGGCGGGGGCAAGGAGACUGCGGAGGCGCAUGCAGAGAGAGCACGCCUGCACGCAUGCGAAGGGACCAGGCGGCAGGGAAUGUAGCCAGCGGGGGCAGGGUGGAGGGCGGGGAAGGAAGGAAGGGAGGCAAGCGGUUGUUGUUGCCACAUUUGGCGGGCGGGGUGGGUGGGUAGGAGCGGGGGAAGACCGUGAUGUGAACGAUAGUGGUCGAAGCCCUAGUGGGGCGGAGUAAGGCAGGAAAGGCAUGGCAAAACAGGACGUGACUUGUAGAUUAGGGUGGGGUGGGGUGCAAGUGUCACGGUCGAGGAGGUGGUGGUGUACAAUAGUUGUUGCAUCUUACUGGUGCAGGUGAGAAAGGUGUUUGCAAUGCGUGCGAUGGGGGGUGGGGUUGAAGGCUCGCGGGGGCUCUCGGUAGGGAGGAGGAGGAGGAGGGCUCCGAGGGAACGGUGUUACACAGCGUUGACAAGCUGUCGGGUGUUUACAGCUGAACGUGCCAAUUCGAUGUCCUUUCAGACAGAAAGGUAGUCGAGACAGAGGCUGGUGAAUGGUAACAACCCUAACAAGUAUGAAGGUCGCGCAUGGAACUUCUCUGCUACGGGUCCCCUAUGUGGUUCUUGUAAAUAGUCGUGAC